GAUAACAGUAAUAUCGACCGUCUAAUAACGUCAAUUCGACAUGGCUUCGGUUUGCAGGAUUCACUUUCAAACGCAUGAAAUAGUAUACUUACUUUUUAUAAUUGUAGAUAUAAGCAGUGAUUGAUCGCGGGCAAAGGUUUUGUACCUCAUUAUUUCCCCCAGGACCCUCGCGUAUAUCUAGGUCUAUGUAUUUUUUUCUUCUUCCUGUUUAAUCUGUCGCGGUCGCUUUCAACAAGAGACUUGCGAAGGCGUACGCUUUCAAAUCAGGAUCCCGUAGCACAGAGGUAACGAGUGACGUCACAAUGAAGUCGUUUCUUUGCAUCAUCUCUAUGUGCUUCUAUUGUUCAUGUGUUGCGGACAAGGUCUUCUUUGUGGACCAGACCAAUUUCGGAAUAUACCACAGUGAUAUAGAACCGGGAAUGGUCCUGACCGAUCAGAUAUACCAGAGGGCGCUCUUCGAAUAUAUCCACCGACCGGGGGUCAUGACCUAUGACUUCGUGACAAAUAUGGUGGUAUGGGGACAGGUGUCCCCGCAUAAGAUUGGAGGCGAUGUUCUGGACGGUGUGCCAAACAAGGUUGUCAUCAUUCCGGGUGUUAAGCCUUUCUGCAUCACCUUCAACAAUUUUGACCGAAGGAUCUACUGGUUUGGGAACGUCUCUAGAAUCUUGGCAUCAAUCAGACUAGAUGGGACUAAUAAGAUAAGGAUCGAUUACAAUGAUAGGCAUAUAUAUGGACUAAGCGCGGACGGUCAGAUAGGAAAGCUCUAUUUUUCUGAGGGAGAUCGCAUCAUGGAAAUAAAGGUGGAUGGUACAGAUAAAGAGGUCAUUGUUGAUACGGACCUGGCCAAUGUUACUGCUUUCACAAGAAACGCCCAAGAUAACUGUCUAUACUGGAUCAACGGUGGCCAAACAGUCGAGAGGUACAAUUUGGAAACCAACGUGCGUACCGCCCUCGCCAAUAUAUCGAUAUUAAUCGGUUACGCUGAGCACAUAGUCGUUUAUAAUGACGUAAUUUACUGGACAGAUAAUAAACGAGGUGGGAUUGGCCAUCUACACCUGACGGAUCCGACCAAUCAAGACUUCCGGACGAACAUCACAGUGAGUGGGACCGAGCAGAGCUUGGCAGGGAUACUGGAUAUGAAAGUGUUCAUUGGCGAACAUGUCGACUACUGCAGCUCGUCUCCAUGUCAAGAGGGUCUCAUCUGUGUUAGUGACAGAUUCGAAUACAACUGCGUAGCCAACAACACAAGCAACAACAACAACACUAGCAACAGUACUGACAGCAACAAUGCCGGGAGAAAUACAACAUUAAAUAGCGGUGGAUUGAAUCCGUGUGGUUUACGCGGCGAAGACUACCCGUGCGACGCGUUGCGUGGUAUCUGCCAUAACAACAACGGAUCAGCCCUCUGCGACUGUCAAGAGGAAUACGUUCUUGGGCUUGAUGGCGUCAUGUGUUUAGUCCACGCAAACUGCCGGAACUGUGACAAUGGCGAAUGCAUCGAGGCCGACGGCAUCUAUGAAUGCAUCUGCGACAGCGGGUUCAUACUAGCCGGAGAUGAACGCUGUGAAGAUAUAAAUGAAUGCCAAAGUUCUGUUUGUGACCCGGAAUAUGGCGUAUGUGUGAACACGAAAGGAGGAUACUACUGUACCUGUCAGACUGGUUUUAUAACAGUUGGGGACGGAUUCACGUGCCAAGUGGACUGCACCGAAAGUACCUGUCAAAAUAAUGGCACAUGUACGGACAAUCAGUGCUUCUGCCCAGAUGAUAUCGAAGGGAUAUUGUGCGAAACUGUUGAUUUGGAAACGGAUGACGACGACGAUACUGAGACCAACGUGUCCGAUAAUUACGACGACCCAAUCACAUGGCAGCUGCCGAGGAACAUCAUCAUCAUCAUCACCAUAGUCGUUCUCUUAAUCAUCAUCACCAGCAUCGUCAUCGUAGUCGUCUGCUAUAGAUGCAAGAGAAAAGGAAAAAACAAUGAAGCCGCAUAAAGUCAUUCUUCGAUAAAAUUCGGAAUCCUCAGAAGACAUGCAACUACAACCAAAUCGAUGCAGAGUUUUGAGGUUCGAGCCCUGCAUGGAUGACGUUCAAUGUCGGUCACAGAUGCAAGUAUUCAAUACAACUCUGUAAAAGUAAAAUCAAUAACAUACUCACACAUACCACCCAAGUUUGCCAUGUUUCAUUCUCCCCGAAAGAUGGCGCAAUGCAAAGUUUGAAAGUGAUAUCAUCCCAGCUUUGAGGAUAUUAAAAAAAUCAAAUCCCAAUCUGGUGCUUAUCAAACGUGUAAAGAAUUGCAUAACUUACUGACGUAUAACGUAACUGACGUAAUCUGAUCCCCUGUAUUUUCGACACAUUCCAUGCAUAUCCCUAUAUCAUAUGCUAACAUUACUUUCCACACCGAAAAUACCCGAGGCUCCGCGAUCGAGGUGAAGAAUAUUUUUCAGUGAUACAACCAAUUCGCUGCUUCCACUGAUGUAAUUGUAUUUCGUGAUUUCAAGUCCUUUUCACAAUUCUUGAGCCAGCAAAUGAUUUCUCCUAUCCGCUGAAUGGUGGCAUUGAUUGAUAUGUCUUUUAAAUGCACUUCCUUUGGACCGCUGACGGUGUAUUGUUGGAUUGUGACGUCAGUAACCUGGUGCCUAUUUACUAAAACCCGAUUUCACACAAAAAAUUGCAUUAACAGUUUUAAGCUACUGAAAUCAUUCAAUUUGAUUGGCUGAUAGAAAACACGUUACAGAAAUUGCGCAUCUAUUAUCAUACCAAGUCUUUAUGAAACAUGGGACGGACCGGAAGGGACGUAUUGGAAUGUCGUAUAUAAAAAUACAGAUGAUCUCUUUUAUUGAUAUUUGUGCGUGGCUGAAAUCGUGACCGAACUCAAGGGAACUGGGUUGGAGUGGGACGGGCUACUUCACUUGAGUGUAUCAUGAAACUUAGUAAUCGAAAUAGUUAUGUAUACUUUUGUACAGUUUAUAAUAUAUUUAUGCCCAAUCGAUUGAGAUAUUUGUUUUACUUCUCACCUUUAUUGGCACAAUUUUUAACGAUUUGAUGAUGCUAGAAUUCAUUGUGAGCAUUGAAAGACUGAACAACUCGUUGGUUGGAGAGCAUAAGGUCUAUGGUUCGAAUUACACGAGCAUCAUUUGCCAAGAUACUUUGCAUUCUUGCCGCACUCUACCCAGGUGAAAUACAAAGUGGUAGAAUCAAUCCCUUGAAUCGCUGGCGACAUGUGGCAGAUCGGCUACGUAUUUUUAUUAGGUUUUUUUAAUUUAUAUACAGACAUUAAAGCCAUUGCACACAUAACGAAUCUUUGAUUGUACCCUGCAGGAAACAUAUAUAUAAUGUCCACAGUGUGGUCACAGUUUGGAAGACACUGUGAAAUCACUUUCACACUGUUAAAUUUAAACAUUUUAACUCUACAGGCGACUGCACACCUUACGAUUGGUCUGCGACCCGAUUUCAGAAUAAAAUGUAGAAUUUGAUGCUAAUAUUGAGACUUGGAAUAUCUUACUGUGUAAUGUUCUACAUCAUCGUGCGAAUACCUAUGUUCAAAUCUGAGACUAUGCUUUCGUCCUCCUUAGAAUAAAAGCGAAUUUAUAAUCUAGUCAUAAUGACGUCAUAGCAGUCGUCCGAUUAGCUACGAUUUGAAACUAAUUUGGCCUUUACUCGAAAAUAAAGGCUUGUAAUCUUUAAAAAUGGUUAUAUUUGUAUUCUUUCAAUUAAUCUUAACCUCAAAUAAAAUUAAAUGUUCCAUUCAGAUUUUCAGAAAAUGAGCAAAAUGCGAUUUGUCCCAAAAUCAGAUUGCGAACAGUCGUAAGGUGUGCGGUGGCCUUAUGGAUCAUAUUUACACACAGUCUACUAUACGCUGAACGCGCACACUAUAGUGUACAAGUGCAGACAGUGUGUUCACUCCAUAACAUUUGAUCAUUGUAACGGUGUAAAACACAUUCUAUAUUGUUCAUUAUGUGAAUACACUGUGAACAGCCACACUUUUUGGGUGUCCACAGUGUGAAAUUAUCUUAACACUGUUAAAUGUGAUCCUUGUAACAGAGUGAAUCUUAUUUACAUAUAUAUCACCAAUUCACCAUGUGAAUACACUUUGAGCUCAUCGUAUGACACUAGCCGGAUAGUAGACAAUAAUCUGGUCGCAGUGCAGGUAAAUUGCCAGUUCGUCUACUGCCAACUCAUCCACUCACCACAUGGUCUACUUUCAUUCAGUCUAAUGCCAUUUCAUUGAUGAACAUUUCGUCUAACAACCAUUUGGUCCAAUCAUCACUUCGUAUUUCGUCUCAUAACCAUUUUCAUUCACUUAGUCCAAUUAGACCAAAUGGUAUAUGGACUAAAUGGCUAUUGGACCAACUGGUUAUUAUGCAAAAUGGUGAGUGGACGAAUUGGCAAUAGUAGAAAUAGUAGUAGUAGAAGUGGUAGUAGUAGAAGUGGUAGUAGAAGUAGUAAUAGUGGUGGUGGUAUUUUCUGCUCAGCAUAGAUCCAAAGAAAAUCGAUACAAGUUAAUCGGCGUCCAUAUCUGUACUAUUUAUUCCAAUGCAGUUCACACUUUUUUAAAUAUACGUUUUAAAACUUAAAUAUUGAUUAAACUGCAUAUAUACGAUUGUAUAUAAUGAAAUUGCAACAAA